AUGCCUAAAGUAGUAUCUCGAAGUAUUGUCUGUUCUGAUACCAAAGACCAAGAAGAAUACAGCGAUGAGAAACCCCUUCAUACCUAUUAUUGUUUAUGUGGUCAAAUGACACUCAUAUUAGAUUGUACUUUAGAAAAAUUACCACUUCGCAAGCGAGAUGGUUCUCGAGUAAUUGAUUGUAGUAAACAUGCCCACAAAAUAACAAGCGAAGUUGAUGAAAUAAUUUAUCUCAAGCGUUCAGAAGGUAUUGAGAAACAGCAUCGACAAAAAUGCAAAAAAUGUGGACUUUUGUUGUACUACAAGCAUGAUAAUACAUCAGGUUUAAUUUUCGUUGUGAAAGGCGCAGUCGUACAAAGUUCGGGUGAUGAGCCUGUAUCAAACAUUUAUAGUCAAGUACAAAUUGAAAAACCAAAAAAAGUCAUGGUUACUAAACAUACAAAAAAUAUGGGUAAAUUCAGUUCAGUUACUGUAUCUACAAUUGAUGAAGAAGAAGAUGAAAUAGAAGCUAGGGAAAUAGCUGAUUCUUAUGCAAACAAUGCAAGAAUAAUUGAAAAACAGUUGGAAAGGAAAGGUAUUGGAAAAAGAAAAAUAAUAGUUCCACCAACAGCAGAAGUGAAGAAAGCAAGGGGCACUUUGUUAGAUGUUUAGAAGGACAAAAAAACAUAAGAAAGCUUAAUUUAUCUUUUGUACAGGAUUUUCUAAAAAUGUAAUCAUGUCUUUAUUAUAAAUAUAUAAAUAACAUUUAUUUAGUGAAAUGUUUGCAAUCAUCAUUGUAUAAUUCUUAUUGUACAAAUUUUUUUAUUUUA